UCGAAAACACGAAAGACGUAUGUAAAUCUCAGUCUUAUUCAGAUCGCAUUUUAUUCAACAUGACGCGAUUUCUGAUCGGUACGAUUUUAUUCGCAUCUCUCGUAGUUGCUGGCACCUGGGCAAUCGACGGCGUCAAAGGUGGCCAUCGUCCUCGCUAUCCAACGAGCGCUAAUCAGUACGGUGGGAACAACAAUAAUGUGCUUUGCUACAAAACAGUACCAUACAAUCAUGCAUUGGCUUAUAAUACUACUAGCGGAGUGCCUUACAAUACAAUCCCUUUGCCACAGGACAAUCAGGAUUAUGCUCAUAGUCAUGGAUUCAUAACGAUCUUGGACUGCUGCGAGGGUUACAAGCGUAACAUUACGAAUGGCAACUGCGAUUUUCAUUGCGAGCAAGGUUGUUUUGGUGGCGAAUGUACAGGGCCAAAUCAAUGCACUUGCAAAUCCGGCUGGUUUCCUGAAAAUGGAGUCUGUAUGCCUGUUUGUCUGCAGCCAUGUCAAAAAGAUGCUUAUUGUUUUUCACCGAACGUUUGCGCGUGUAAAUUGGGCUAUGACGAAGUGAAUGGUGAAUGCAGGCCAAUCUGUCCCGGUGGUUGCAGAAACGGUGACUGCAUCGCACCACGCGUUUGCAGAUGCAAGUCUGGUUACGUAUUAAACAAUCUUCAGGAAUGUGUUCCUGUCUGCGAGGGUGGCUGCCCCCAUGGCGAAUGUACCGCACCCGGUAUUUGCACUUGUUAUGAAGGGUAUACGAAUCCACCGAAUGAACGAGAAUCUUGCAUUCCUUAUUGCCAGAAUAGCUGCAACGGUGGUCAAUGUAUCUCACCCGGUAUUUGCAACUGCAUCCAAGGUUACGUGCGUAACUCAAAUGGUGGAUGUUCGCCAGAUCCCGUGUCGAAUCAAUGUAGAUACGGUUGCGGUGACCACGGCAUUUGUAUUGGUUACAAUCGUUGUCAAUGCGAACCAGGAUUUAAAUCAGAACCAGACACGGGUCGAUGUCUACUGGAUAAACGAUCAGAUCAACCACCCUAUGGGAAACCGGAUCAACCACUUUAUGGACAACCAGUUGGUCAACCAACCUAUGGACAACCGGUUAAUCAAUCACCACACGGACGACCGGUCGGUCAACCAACCGGUAACCAAUACGAACCUAUUUGCGAUUUACCUUGUCUGAAUGGCGAAUGCACUGGUUUCAAUCAGUGCACCUGCAGACAGGGUUACACAUUCGAACAGAAUGAUCUGACGCGAACAAGAUGCGUGCCCAUUUGCAUUGGUGGUUGCUCCAACGGAGUCUGCACAUCACCAAAUCAUUGUAUCUGCAAUCCCGGCUACAGAAAAGAUCUCGGUGUCAAAGGCAAACAAAGAUGUAUACCGAGCUAUACCAUGAAUUCGUUAUUUUUCUUCCUUCUUUGUAUAUUCAUCAUAGAAAUCGAAUAUUCUGUAGAAAAUUCUGGACUUAACAAUCAAGGAUACUGCACUAAACUCGUCAGUUAUAGAAAAUCGAAAAGUGUUCCAUACAUGGAAAGUUAUCGAGAAAAAAAAUGGGGAAUCUUUUAUACAACAAAGUAUCGAUGGAACUAUAGAACUGAGUAUUACUGGGCAUGGAAAACAGAAAAAAUAUGCUGUGACUUGUACAAGCAACAGAACGAGAAAUGCGUACCCAUAUGCUUCCAUGAUUGUGGUCACGGUGAUUGCGUGAGACCUAACAUUUGCUCCUGUCACGAGGGAUACCAAUUAAUAAACUCUCACAACCCAGUUUGCGUGGCCGUUUGCAAACAUCCCUGCGUGCAUGGUCAUUGUACGGCACCUGACGUUUGUACAUGCAAUCCUGGUUAUCGGAUGAAGUCAGACAAAUUUACUUGCGAACCUAUUUGCAAUCCAAACUGUGAUUCGAAGACUGCAUACUGUUCGGAGCCAGAUAUCUGUACAUGUCGCGAAGGAUACCAAAAUAAAAAAAACAUCGGUUACACGAUCUGCGUGCCUAUAUGUAGCAUACCGUGCGUCAAUGGUAACUGCACGGCACCUGAUACCUGCACUUGCAAUCAGGGAUACUCUGUAGAUCUUUACGAUAAGUUCACAUGCAAACCAGUAUGCGACAACUGCGUAGAUGGCACUUGCACCGCACCAGGAAUUUGUACCUGCAAUCAAGGUUAUUCUUUGAACGAGAAAGGCUAUUGCAAGCCAAUCUGUAGUAAGUCUUGUCAUAUGGGUAUUUGUAUCGCACCUGAAACUUGCAUGUGCCAUGAGGGUUAUGGCUUUCUUAACGAUUCGAUGAACGUGUGCGAGCCGAUCUGUCCAAAGGCAUGUAUUAAUGGCUUUUGCAAACAUCCUAACGUUUGUGAAUGUCAUGAAGGAUUUCAAGUGACAGGCGAUGAGACAAGCUUGCACAUUUGCAUACCUCAUUGUAAUAGUCCAUGCGAACCAAAUGGAGAAUGUACCGCACCUAAUAUUUGCACCUGCCAUGCGGGAUAUUCGCUCGCCGAUAACACCGAAGCUAUUUACUUUGAUGAAGAAUCGAUAUGCAAACCUAUCUGUGAAAAUGUAUGCGUUAAUGGAUUUUGUACGGCACCAAAUUACUGUAGUUGCUCGUUAGGAUAUGAACAUUCCGACAUAAACAACAUUUGCAUACCAGUCUGUAAUCCCACUUGUUCAUUACAUAGCCAUUGCAAGGCACCUAAUGAAUGUAUCUGCAAUGAUGGAUACAAGUUAACGAUAGAUAAUAUAGGGAAUAAUAAUCUAACUUAUACUUGUGAGCCGAUUUGUAAUGAAGAAUGUAUUAACGGAUUUUGCAAUACUCCAGAUGAAUGCAGUUGCAAUAUAGGCUUCGAAAAAUUGAACUCUAUCGAGUCCAAUGUUUGUAAACCAAUCUGCGAACCUUCUUGUUGGUCGCAUAGUAGCUGCACGGCUCCUAACGUAUGCACUUGCGAUGAAAAUUAUGUUUUAACAACAAACAAAAAGAAUUCGUCUAAGUGCGAACCGAACUGUCAGCCUGCUUGUCCUCCUAACAGCAUUUGUGAAAUCCCAGGACGAUGUCUUUGCAAAGAAGGUUAUCAUCCAUACUAUGAUAACAAUUCUAUGAAUUGCGAGCCGAUCUGCGAAUUCGACUGCAAAAAUGGUAUCUGCUCUUUGCCUAACACCUGUAGCUGUGAACUAGGUUACAUUAACAACAAAAACGGCUCAUGCGUGGCCUAUUGCUCAGUCGAUUGCGGUAAUGGAACCUGUACAGAACCAGAAGUUUGCAGUUGUGACGAAGGCUACGUAUUAACGGAGGAAAGUAUAACUUGCGAACCAUAUUGCAAAAAUAAUUGCACUAAUGGCAAUUGCGUGGCGCCGAAUGAUUGUCAUUGUUAUGACGGUUUUAUAAAGAACGGCAAUGAUAGCGAUUCAAUAUGUGUUAACGCCUGCAAAAAUGCUUGUAACAAGAAUGGCAUUUGUCUUGAUGAGCAAGGUAACUGCGAUUGCUUUUUCGGAUGGAAUGGAACCGCCUGCGAAGAGCCGACUUUUUGUAUAGUCGACAUUUUAGAGGAAUACAAAGCAUAUGAAACAUUAUCAAUCAUAAAAGAACAAAAUUAUCCAAAGAUAUUAAUGAGUGAAACCUAUCCAACCUGUCAGCAAUGCUUGAGCGAAAUCAAUAAUCAGACAAUUUGUUUUGAAUUUCAAUACAAUAUCUUCAGGGAACAAAAUUACUCAGCCGUAUGUCUCGUCGACGCAGAAUCAAAGUGUUACAUAACGCACAGUCCCAUAAGAGAAGUUAUAAAAGUUAGCGUCACCGUUGGGGGAGUAGCCAUUUUAAUUAUGAUCACUUCGAUUGGUAUUGCUUGUUAUAAGUUUAAAAAGCAAAAGAAUAAAUAUUCUCUGGCUACCAGACAAAAUUGUUUCACCAUAGUACCAAGUAUAUUUUUCAUUAACAUGAGAUUUAAUAUCGCAUCCUUAUAUGUCAUCGUUCUUUUGAUGGUCGAUCUGCCCAAAAUAUCGACUCUAUUUCCUUGGAAAGACAUGAAUGACCAGUCAAUUUGCUCGGAAAUUAUAACUUUGAACUUAAUUUCUAAAUCAAAUUUGAUCGAUUUUAACGAUAGAAAGAUGCAAUUCCAUAACGUUCCUUAUUAUGAGACAUACUGGCACCGUGUACUGGGAAUUUACAAACAGGAAAGACAUCGCAUUAAUUAUAAAAUUGAAUAUUAUCCCACAUAUCACACACAAGAAAAAUGCUGCAAGGGAUACAAAGAGAUAUCAAAUAAAUGCGUUCCUGAUUGCUUUCCAGACUGUAAGAACGGAUUAUGUGAAGCUCCAAACGUAUGCGAGUGCUUUCCAGGAUACUCCAUAUCGACAGAGCAGAAACAUAUUUGUAAACCGAUUUGUUCGAAUGGUUGUUGGAAUGGAGAAUGCGUUCAACCCGAAGUUUGUGUUUGCCCUCCGGAUUACUUCAUAGAUUCCGAUGGCUAUACUUGUCGUCCCAAUUGCGAAGACAAGUGCGAUCCUAAUAACAGUUAUUGCUCUGAACCAAAUACUUGUGCUUGUCAUGUUGGAUAUAAGAAAUCAAACGAAUCAGAAAUGUGCGAUCCAAUUUGUGAGCGCGAAUGUAUCAACGGCAAAUGCGUCGAACCGAACAUCUGCAGCUGCUACGACGAUUACGAACUCGAUGUCAACGAUUCGUUCAAUUGUAUUCCAAAAUGCAAACACAAUUGUCUCUUCGGAACAUGUACAGCUCCCAACGUUUGCACAUGCAACAUCGGAUAUGAGCCAAUCAACGAAAGUAACUGCAAGCCAAUCUGCAGUCAAUCGUGUAUAAUGGGUGUUUGUAUAGCACCUGACAUCUGCAGCUGCGUUGUUGGCUACAAAUUUUCGAACAUUUCCGUGCACGUCUGUGAACCACAUUGCGAUCCUGAAUGUCUCAAUGGAACUUGCAUUGCUCCGAACAUUUGUAAAUGCAACGAAGGAUUCAUCUUCGAUGAAGACGAUGAAACAAAGACAAUCUGUAAACCCUUUUGCACCUCUCCUUGUGGUUUCAAUGCUGAAUGCACCGCACCUGAUCGCUGCACUUGUCAUGAAGGAUAUCGUUUCGUUGGGAAAAAUGAUACAACGAACAACAUUAAUGCGGUAUCGAAUAACAAAAAUGGCACUACUUGCGUUCCGAUAUGUGAGAAAGAUUGCAUGAAGAGCAAAUGUGCCCUUCCUGAUGUUUGCAUCUGUGAAGAAGGAUAUGGUAAAAUUUGGGUACAAGUGAUACCAGGCAACAUACAUAAUUAUCCCUGUACAUCAAUAUGUAAAAAAAUCUGUGAUCUGAAUGGCAAUUGCAACGCACCUGAUAAUUGUAUAUGCAACAAUACGUAUCAUAACACGAAUAUACAAGGUAAAUACAUUUGUCAACCUUUUUGCGAUAUAAACUGUGAACAUGGUACGUGUGAGACCCCAAGUGUUUGCACCUACGACGAGGGAUACAAGAAAAACGAGGAAGGUCGAUGUGUCAAUGCGAUUUGCCAUUCUUCUUGUAUCAAUGGCACUUGCACCAAACCAAACGUUUGUACUUGUUACGAAGGCUUCCUUCUACGAAAUGAAACGAUUUGCGAGCCACUUUGCGAAAAUUCUUGUCUAAAUGGAACAUGCAAGGCAACGAAUACUUGUCGAUGUAAUAAAAGUUAUUUCGAAAUAAAAAACAACAAUAUUUCCGCUUGUGCCUUGAUGUGUUCUCAAAACUGCAGUGAACAUGGUACUUGCUUCGAUGGACGAAACUCUUGCUCUUGUUUUUUUGGAUGGAUCGGUAUAAAUUGUGACGUAGCCAGCCUCUGCGUUUACGAAACAACUCUCAACUCGACUCUCUUCUCUUCGGUUACAAUCAUAAAUGAGACGAACAGCACAUUGACGAAAAGCUACGAUAACGCGCCACUUUGUUAUCAAUGUUCCAACUCUCUUGACAAUGCGACAUUGUGUUUCGUCGUACAUUCGAAUGAAUCACUUACAAUACCAACAGUUGCUUGUUUCCUUAGUACAGAGUUGCCAUGCUACAGGAGACCACAUAAUAAUACACUAAAAAGCUCUUUUGGUAUAACGGAGUUGCUCGUAGCAAUCACAAUAGCGAUCACACUAGUUGCAGCUAUAAGUGGAUAUGUUAUCAUUCGCAAAUGUCGAAAACAACCAACGAAUUUAUUACCGAACGAGCAAACUAAUUCAUUGAUAUAUGAUAAUGAUACUCUGAUAAUUAGAGACGAAGAUUAUCUAAUCUAAUAAUGGUAUGUAUAAGAGAUUAGAAGUCUUCUCGGGCGUCAACAAAAAUCCUAUGUCAACAUAACUGAAAAUAUUAUGGUAAUUUUAUAGAUUGUUUAUUACACGUAUGUACACAUACAUAUCUAUAUGUAUAAACCUAUAAAUAUACAUUAUAUAUGUUAUUAU